GAGGCAUGGCAGGGUUGGAGGCAUAGCCUCCCCGUCCGGGGCAAGUUCGAGAGCGGGGAGGGCGUUUCCUGGGGCAACUCCACCGGGGUCCUGUGGACGUUGCCCCUUCUCCGCCGGACCGCACGGGAACGACGUGCCCACACUCGGAGGAAGGGGUUGGCGCUGAGCGAGUUUAAAGGGUUCCUUUUGAAAGCAGGAAGUUUGAAAUGAAGUUGCGUCAGCAGCAGAGCGUGCAGUUUCAGGUGCUGUCGGGACAGCUUUCAGCUUCUCAGAACAAGCCUAACCCUCACCGCAGUAAUAACUUUUAUUAGGGGACAAAAAAUUCACCAAAGUAAAACCCUUUCUGCCCAAACCUAAAAACCUUUGGAUAAACGUUUGCAAGAAACGGAUCACAGCCUUAUUUGUUUUUCUAGACUGAGCAUAAACUCUUUUGAAGACUCAGCGUUACUGUCAAAAUGAAUGAUUGCCUGCCUACUUAUGAUUCAGUUAUCGAGGUGUUUAGGUCUCCUUGCAGUACACUCAGUGACUCCCAGACUUUUUUUUUUCCCCUCCCUUUGAAAUUGCUUGUUAGAAGGCUUUAUCUAAUUUCUCACAUUUGUGUGUCUUUUUAAGGUGGUUCUAAUAAACUUUAAAGGCUUCUGAUUUGCUGCGGGCCUGCCAUCGCUGUGGAAAACAAGUAUUCUUUCAGAGGAGAAUAGAAGUGCGUUGGUUUCUAAAUAGUCCCAAUAGGACGCUAGCAUCAGCAUCACUUGGGAACUUUUUGGAAAUGCACAUUUUGGGAUCUUACCCCAAACUUACUGGAUCAGAAAUAUGUUUUAACAAGCCUUCCAGUUGAUACCAGUGCACCUGGAUGCUAGAGUUUGAGAAUUACUGGCGUAGUGAUAACACCCAUUGUGGAGUCACAUAUAAUGGAAUUUGAAUUGAAGUAAUUCCUAGAUGGAGACACUUGGACAUGUUACCUCACAGGGCAGGAAUAUGAAGAUGCAAGAAAAAUGUUUAACACCAAACACAUAGAAAACCCCCCAAAGAUGUUAUUAAAUAACUUACUAGAACUGCAUAAAAUUCAGCUGUCUAUAUAUCUCCCUAGAUACCUAAAACUGACUGCCUGACCACGCCUUCCCAUUGCUGAGCUAUUUCCCUGAUAUCUGGCCAUGCAACGGAGAUCAAGAGGGAUAAAUACUGGGCUUAUUCUACUCCUUUCUCAAAUCUUCAAUGUUGGGAUCAACAGUAUUCCACCUGUCACCCUAGCAACUUUGGCCCUCAACAUCUGGUUCUUCUUGAACCCUCAGAAGCCACUGUACAGCUCCUGCCUUAGUGUGGAGAAGUGUUGCCAGCAAAAAGACUGGCAGCGUUUACUGCUCUCUCCCCUUCACCAUGCUAAUGAUUGGCAUUUGUAUUUCAAUAUGGCAUCCAUGCUCUGGAAAGGCAUACAUCUAGAAAGAAGACUGGGAAGUAGAUGGUUUGCCUUUGUUAUCACCACAUUUUCUAUACUUACUGGAGUGGUAUACCUGCUCUUGCAAUUUGCUGUUGCCGAAUUUAUGGAUGAACCUGACUUCAAAAGGAGCUGUGCUGUAGGUUUCUCAGGAGUUUUGUUUGCUUUGAAAGUUCUUAACAACCAUUAUUGCCCUGGAGGCUUUGUCAACAUUUUGGGCUUUCCUGUACCGAACAGAUUUGCUUGUUGGGUCGAACUUGUGGCUAUUCAUUUAUUCUCACCAGGGACUUCCUUCGCUGGGCAUCUGGCUGGGAUUCUUGUUGGACUAAUGUACACUCACGGGCCUCUGAAGAAAAUGAUGGAAGCAUGUGCAGGUGGUUUUUCCUCCAAUGUUGGUUACCCAGGACAGCAAUACUACUUUAAUAGUUCAGGCAGCUCUGGAUAUCAGGAUUAUUACCCGCAUGGCAGGCCGGGUCACUAUGAAGAAGCACCCAGGAACUAUGACACGUACACAGCAGGACUGAGUGAAGAAGAACAGCUUGAGAGAGCUUUACGAGCCAGCCUCUGGGACCGAGGAAAUACCAGAAAUAGCCCACCACCCUACGGGUUUCGUCUCUCACCAGAAGAAGAAAUGAGGAGACAGCGGCUUCACAGAUUCGAUAACCAGUGAGGUGGCGUCUUGGGAAGACAUGGUCUAUGCGUGUAAUUAUUGCCCAUUUGGCUCAUUCCCGAAGCCCCUAAUUCAUUCUAAUUCAUUUUAAACAAAAGCAGAGUACACCGGUAUUGCUCCAGACCGCUCACAUCGCCUGGGACAGUCCUCCCAUGGCCCCUGUGAGUCAACUCACAGCUUGCUGGGAGUGGGCCUUCUCCUGGCCUUGUUCUUGCUCAUAAACAGGUCACUUCCUCCAUGAAGGGACCAGUUUCCACACUCCCUCCUCUCACUGCUAACUCAGCGAUGCCUCUGCUUUGGUCUGCUUUUGAAGACUGUGACCUUCACCAGGAGGUUUUACUUUCACCAGUCAGGAAGAUUAGUCCCUCAUCCUGCCUGGAGAGCCCCGUGUUUGACUUGGCAGCGGGUGUGGAGCCAUCCCCGCGUCCUCCUGGCGCAUUGCCACUGCGGCUGUCCAGGAACAGGAUGUGGCUGCCUCGGCCGAAUGUUGUCCUACUCUCCCCAACCCCGGCGCCUCGGCACCUCGGGCCCCUGCAUCUGGCUGGUGUUUGCAGGGCUUUUGCUUUGCUCUGGUAUUGCUCUGCCUUUAUAGAAAGUCUCAUUGAAGAAGUGUAAGAAAGACCUAAGGUGGGGAAGACUCCUACACACACCGUUAGUAUCAGUGACACCAGCAGUGUAGGUUCCCAGCCACUUCCCAGUGGCAGCUUGUGUGCCCAGGAGAUAGGACAUCAUUUAACAAACCAGCAAAGUAACAGCAGAUGCAACAUACAGAGUAGAGCAAAGGCAUUUGGUGGAUUGGUCACUAGAGAUCUAUCUUGCAGAAAGUAUGUUUUUCCUCAUAAAAGUGCCUCUUAAUUGACCAUUGUACCAGCCACUUGUCCUAGUCAAAUGUCCAAAACAUGCCCUUGGGCCCCGCAACGUUACAAUCCACAGAUUGUCUGUCUGAGUCAUUUAAGGCAUUUCCUGGUGCUUGUGUUCCAUGAAUAAAAGGACGAAAGUCAGAAGAUCACUGAUGUCUUACUGUCACAAAGAUAUUUUAAAAUAGAGAAGUAGGAAAAGAUCUUCCUUUUUUGAUCUACAAUUUAUAUAGUUUUCUGAUUAUGCACAUAAAAGAUAUGCCUUCCAUAUGCAUAAAGCAAACAUGUGGAAAGAAAUAUACCCAGAUGUUAGCAGGGGUCAUCUUUGGGAGUGGAGUCCAUGGGAUUUUGCUUUCUUCAUUUUUAUAAUUUUAUAUUACUGUCUUGGAAGAUGUGUUUACAUGUGUGUGUUAAUAUAAAUUGUACCUGUAAGUCUAGAAGCUUUAAAUGUGUUAAAAUUAAAAUAUUCAAGCUGAAUGUUACUUCUCUCUCCCAAAUUCUAUAAGUUUGACUCCUGUUGCCCCAAGUAGAAGUAACUUCUUUCUUGUGUGCCACUUUUAUAGCAUUUGGUAAUCCUGCUAUAACACUUAUAUCUUGUCCCUAUUAUUAUCUGUGCACAGCUACACAAAGAAAGAUGUGCCUUCUAGCUGGGAACAUGGAUUGUGAAUGACUCUGUAAUGAGGCCUGAGUCUUAGUUAUCUUGCCACUCACUCCCUAUCUCCCCUUUCCAACCCCAAAGGCUCAUUAAAUGUCAGUGUUUCACCAAAGUAUUUUUUCAGUUGUAUUAAGAGUCCAAUCACUGUACAUGGAAGUAUUUUAUUUUUUAUUUUUUUAUAUCACUUGAGUCCACUAGUAGUACUUCCUUGCUCUGUUUGACUUGUCAGAUACAAAGACAUAGGAUUAGAUUUUGGGUGGUAAAAUUGUGAUACGCAUGGCUGUUUGUGGAGUGGAACAUCUUCGUGAUGUGAGAAAGGUCAUUUUAGUUAUAAAUGUAAACCAGUUAUUUUAGCACAACAAUAAAGAUGUUCUGGAAAUUGUUAUAAUUAUUUUAACUAAUAGACUUGCCUGUAACAAGUGCUUAUUGUUUGGAAUGUCCAGUUUAUUUUAUUUUCCUCUACAAUAAGGAAUCCCUAAAGUUAUGCCAACAAACUGGAAUUGGAUUGAGAAAGACAAAAGCAAGUGAGCAAGUGUAUUAGACUAAUUAUCUCUAGUAGGGAAUAAGCACUUGGAGCUAAUUUUUUAAUUUGGUUUAUUUAAUAGUAGCUCCCUGAUUGUUAAGCCCCUGGUUCCCACAGUUUGGUGUGGUCAGUCAACAACUUAAGAGACCUCUUAAUGCAGAAUCUGUACUUGGUUCUGAAGAGGAGGGAGUAGUUAAAAUUGCUUCCUUUUAAUGACUCUGAAUGUAUUGCCUGUGAUUCCAAAGUUGUACAUAAUUGUUCAGACCUCCUCCAUCCUUUUAAAUUGCCUGCUGCAGUAAAUAACUAGUUUGAGUAGAACUAGAGCCUGUCUACCUAUUUGACACUUGUCCUGCUGCCUGGGGAGUAAGCAAGCUAAAGGGAUGAGAAAGACCACCUCCCCCUACCCUGCAAAUUGCACUGCAAGGCAGAGCAAGAAUGGGGAAGCUGGCAGACCUGGCCUCCUUGUUCCCAGUCUUAGUUUUUCUUGAGAGAUUCAGUAUUCAGUAAAGAAUAGUAGUCAAUUAGUCAAAAAAAAAAUAAAAUUUUAUAUAUAUAUAUAUAUAUAUAUAUAAAAACAACUUCUUUUCCCUUCCCAUGAAUCAUUGCAGUCAUUCCCUAAGUUUCUUCUCCUUUUUUUUUUUUUAUGGAUGCUAGUAUUGUAUUUUAGAAUCACAGACGCUCAGCUUAGAGAGUCUUAAUAUCUCAAUUAUUUGCUCUGUUCAAUACUUAUAAUACUUCCUCGCUCAAUUCUGCGUAACUCCAGCUUAGUCUUCUAAAAUUCACUUUCAUGAUGCCACUCAGUAUCUCAAAUACCUUUCAUUGGCUCUCUGCUGCCAAAGGAUAAAGGUCAAAGUCAUUAGCCUCAACAGUGGGCUCCAGCCAACCUUUGGACCUCAGCCCCAUUUAUCCAUCACAGAGGCUGGUAACUAGUCUCAUCACAGAGGCUGGUAACACUCAGGCUGUGAGUGUUCCUGAUCUUGUGACACUCUGUGCUGUACUUUUACAUGGAACAGCUCUUUCCUUUCUCUUGGUCCAUCCAGAUCCUCCUCAUCCAGCCCCCAUCUGAAUCCUGUAACAGACACAACCACAUCAACACAGUUUCCACAUACCACUUGGAAUUGCUGGUUAUGCUGCAAUGAGAGAAUGUCUUUUGUCUUUAGAUUGUAAGCUUCAUGAGGACAGAAACCAUCUGUUUCUCUCUCUCCUCACAGUGCCUUGAGAAGUGCUUUGUCUGGAAUAUCAGAACCAAUAAAUACUUGCGGAUUGAAACA